CACGCACACACACACACACACACAUACGGGCUCACAUUUAUCUCCAGCUUCGGAUUAUAAAGACCGACUUUCAUGCAGCGGAUUUGGGCAGCCUUGCAUUUGUGCUCCAUAUGAGGGAGAAAAUCUUCAAGGCACCUUGUGUCCUCCUGAGUCUGUUCACAAGUUUGAAUCUGUGCUGUGGACAAUUUGGAACCCCAAUAACUGAUGAUGUGAGCAAGCUGUCGCUUCUGAAGCACAACAUCCCUUCCGAUUAUGAGAUUCCGCUUCAUUACAUUCCCAAAGAAGUGGCUGGUGCGUGCUGGGUGGUGUUGAACGUCUAUCCUUUGGAGCAAAGUCUUCGCAACCUGGCCAACAUGUUUGGCGCCGACUCCUCCAACAAGGAAAAUAUCCUGGUCUUCAUCGCCAUGCUGAAGAGCUUGCGCUUCACGUUUGACCACCAGGAACUGGAAACCGCGAUGCAAGUCUUCCAGUGUCACUACCAGGAGGGGAGCUUGAAGAACGAGCUGUAUUUCAACUACAUCGAGGAUAUCCUCCACGUUGCAGGUCAAGAGACAUCCAAAUUCUCCUGCAAGCCACCAUCGUGUCUCAGUACAGCAAAUGCACCAGGGGAUCACAAGGAAGGUCGUGAUUACAUAUGGUGGAAAAGAACGCCGUUGCUGCUGGUGUUCAUUCCUGUAACGGCUUGCGUCGCUCUCAUCAUAUGGCGGGUCACAUCUACGAGACAUUUAGCAGAGCACGCUGCUGAGGAUAUAGAAAUGGCACCUUGUGACACCGUUCCCAGCGUGACUGUCUCCAUCCCGCUUCAAAGGGCCCAUGAAAGCAGAUGAAGAAUAAAGACCAAGGGGGGAAGGAUCUGUACGGGACGGGCUCAGAUGGCUCGUUCUGCCGAGAUGUGGCACGUCAGUCAAAUUGACACCACCUCCUGCGACGGCGAGCGUGUGGUUACCCUGACGCAGAACUCUCUUGGGCCACAUAUUAUACAAAUCGUAUAUGGACUUAAGGAACUGGAAAGAACCACUUCAUCAUUCCAUGCUUUCCGAUUUCUACUAUCCAAGUGGUGUUAAUGCAGCAAAGCAGACGUAAAGCAACCAGGAUGUUGCUGGUGUUCCAACUGACUUACUGGUGUUCCUCUGACAUUAAAGGCAAUGUAAAAAUGGAGGCCGGAGCAUCACGUAUGGAUUCCUGCAAUGCUACAAGGUGUAAAAUGUCCUACCACUGGACUCUGGAGCAUUGGAAAAGCGGGUGCAUGGGGAAGGCCGAUUGUGUUCUUUGCUCACAAAGCACAGUGAAAGCAUGCUUGGAUGGAGUUUCUGUGGAAGGAGACCAAUCAUCAAACACCUCGGGAAUGGAUGACCUGCGGUUUUAGAAUCAGGCGUCUUCUAGGCAGACAUGGGGACUCAAGUCAUCGCAACAUGGACUUAAGUUGACUUGACUAUUUUGGUGACUUGUAACUUAACGUGACAAAAACUAAAAGACUCAAGACUCGACUAGAGGUGUGAAGAGCUGUUGUACACACAUUCACGUGAGAUAAAUUGGCCAAUCAUAUCACUGUCCGACCUUACUGGUCUUCUCUCUUUACGAACACCAGAUACUGCAGGUAAGACUGCAAAGGUGACUUGACUCAAGACUCGUCUUGACUUGAGGUAACCUGUGAUCUGAUUUGACUUUCCAAAGGCAAAAUGACUUGGGACUAACGGGUUGAGCCGAUGAAUCCCCAAGUUCAACCUCUACCUUGGACCCGCUCGAGAUAUCAGUGACAUCAUCGAUGAAUCGACUUCGACUCGACUUUCAACACAUUAAACAGGCGUCCCACUAUUUUUUUUAACAUAUAUUGUGUAAUAUUACAGUAUAGCCAUUGGAGUUUAAUUACGCAUGUCUUGGUGUUUCUUUGAAUGCCUUCUCAGCAUAUAAACACAUAGAAAGUGAUGCGUUGGAGCCACUUGUGCACUUGUUGACAUUGCGAUGAUCGGUCACAGAUGGUAAAGCUGCCGGUCGCAAACAACACUGCGCCUGCGGUUCAACAAGGGUCCCACUUUGUGUAUCAAAGCUCGGAGCAGAUGGCAAAGAUAGCCGCGGCUAGACCGGCUGUGAAUCCCUCCAUUGUGUCCCCCUUCCACCCGUGAUCUAUCACUUCUUCUUCUUCUUCCUCUUCUACGCCACAGCAAAAAAGCGCUGGACUUUCUAAUGCCUCAUUCACUGAGUCAAUCCUGUUUCGGUCAUGAGAACAUGACUGUGUGGAGAGAGUGUCUCGCACACUCACACACAGACAGAGGGAAGACAGGAGCGUCGACGAUGUACAGACGGACGGACGGACGGACGGGCGGAUGAGCUCAAUGAGGAGCAUAAGAGGGACGCUUGUUCUCGGCCCACAAAAGACGUGGCCGUAGGCUGGGGGAAAUGCCACUUACCAACACGACUGAUGUCGGCCCAGUGCGAUGAAUAAACGCGCUAGGAAUCUCUGCCGACCGCACAAAACUGCGAACGGUGAUUAAUAUUGCGAUAACAGUUUUUCAGUAUUCCAAUGAUUGCGUUCCAAGGAACCCCUUCAUUAAAAUAUACACGAGUGCAAACAGCUAAAACAGAUUUAAAAAGUUAACAAUUUUGGGGCUUUUUGGGUGAAAUUUCAUGAUGAACUUAAAAUGCAACCUUUAACGGUGAACUUAAUUUAACCUGAUCUACACUUUUGAAUGCACAACUGUUUAACGUUUCAGUUUCAUCCUAGAAUUUCACCUCAAAAGCCCAAUAUCCCUACUUUUGGUGAGUAGUGUACAAUCCAGUGUGUGUUUUCCUUGAAAUUAGUAUUCAAAAGCGUUGUAAUGUUUACGGACCCUUCCAGGGAAAGUAUUUUUGUAAAUGUGAGUCAUUCUACAACAAAACGCAUUGAGCACAUUUGUUCAUCCUACACGUUUUUGUCUGAAGACUAACACUUCUAUACUGUUUUUGCCAGUUUUUACCAGCUUUAGAGACAUGUAUAAUCAUAACUUGUUAAGUAUACUCAAAAGUGUGAAAUGAUAUCCUGUGUUUGGCCCUACUCUUUUUUGGCUACAAUUACAAAUCUACAACCUGUUUAGAGGUGUUUCUAAUAUUCUGGUUGCCUUAUCUAGCCACAAUGUAAAAAUGAAACUACAGUACAAUUAGAAACAGCUCAGUAUGACGCAGUGCAGUUUUGCACCACUG